GCGUGAGAGGACUGGCUCCCCGCGCUCCUCGGCAGCGUCGUCGGGUCCCCUCCCCCCCGGAAGGUUCGCGAAGGAGAAGCCGCCGCCGAGGACGAGGAACCGCUGGUGCCGGUCCCCUGGGGCGCCAUGGCGACCGGAGCGAACGCCACGCCGCUGGACUUCCCAAGUAAGAAGAGGAAGAGGAGCCGUUGGAACCAAGACACAAUGGAACAGAAGACAGUGAUUCCAGGCAUGCCCACAGUUAUCCCCCCUGGACUGACUCGGGAACAAGAAAGAGCUUAUAUAGUGCAACUACAGAUAGAAGACCUGACUCGUAAACUGCGCACAGGAGACCUGGGCAUCCCCCCUAACCCUGAGGACAGGUCCCCUUCCCCUGAACCAAUCUACAACAGCGAGGGGAAGCGCCUUAAUACUCGAGAGUUCCGUACUCGGAAAAAGCUUGAAGAGGAGCGACACACCCUCAUCACAGAGAUGGUGGCUCUCAACCCGGACUUUAAACCACCUGCAGAUUACAAGCCUCCAGCAACACGUGUGAGCGAUAAAGUGAUGAUCCCCCAAGAUGAGUAUCCAGAAAUCAAUUUUGUGGGGCUCUUAAUUGGGCCCAGAGGGAACACCCUGAAGAACAUUGAGAAGGAAUGCAAUGCCAAGAUCAUGAUACGGGGGAAAGGAUCUGUGAAAGAAGGGAAAGUUGGGCGCAAAGAUGGUCAGAUGUUGCCAGGGGAGGAUGAACCUCUUCAUGCUCUCGUCACUGCCAAUACAAUGGAGAACGUCAAAAAAGCAGUAGAGCAGAUCAGAAACAUCCUGAAGCAGGGUAUUGAGACCCCAGAGGACCAGAAUGAUCUACGGAAGAUGCAGCUUCGAGAGUUGGCUCGCUUGAAUGGUACUCUACGGGAAGAUGAUAACAGGAUCUUAAGACCUUGGCAGAGCUCAGAGACACGCAGCAUUACCAAUACUACCGUGUGUACCAAGUGUGGAGGGGCUGGCCAUAUUGCCUCUGAUUGCAAAUUUCAGAGGCCUGGCGACCCUCAGUCAGCUCAGGAUAAAGCACGGAUGGAUAAAGAAUAUUUGUCCCUUAUGGCUGAGCUCGGGGAAGCUCCUGUCCCUGCAUCUGUGGGCUCCACCUCUGGACCUGCCACCACACCCCUGGCCAGUGCACCAAGACCUGCUGCUCCUGCCAGCAACCCACCACCACCGUCUCUCAUGUCUACAACGCAGAGUCGCCCACCCUGGAUGAAUUCUGGUCCUUCAGAGAAUCGGCCCUACCAUGGCAUGCAUGGAGGUGGCCCUGGUGGGCCUGGAGGUGGCCCCCACAGCUUCCCACACCCAUUACCCAGCCUGACAGGUGGGCAUGGUGGACAUCCCAUGCAACACAACCCAAAUGGACCACCACCACCUUGGAUGCAGCCACCACCACCACCAAUGAACCAGGGCCCCCAUCCACCUGGGCACCAUGGCCCUCCUCCAAUGGAUCAGUACCUGGGAAGUACGCCUGUGGGCUCUGGGGUCUAUCGCCUGCAUCAAGGAAAAGGUAUGAUGCCGCCGCCGCCUAUGGGCAUGAUGCCGCCGCCUCCGCCGCCUCCCAGUGGGCAGCCCCCGCCUCCUCCCUCUGGCCCUCUUCCUCCAUGGCAGCAGCAGCAGCAGCAGCCUCCACCACCCCCUCCGCCCAGCAGCAGUAUGGCUUCCAGCACCCCCUUGCCAUGGCAGCAAAAUACGACGACUACCACCACGAGCGCUGGCACAGGGUCCAUCCCGCCAUGGCAACAGCAGCAGGCGGCUGCCGCAGCUUCUCCAGGAGCCCCUCAGAUGCAAGGCAACCCCACUAUGGUGCCCCUGCCCCCCGGGGUCCAGCCGCCUCUGCCGCCCGGGGCCCCUCCCCCUCCGCCGCCUCCGCCACCUGGUUCCGCCGGCAUGAUGAUCCCUCCCCGCGGCAGCGAUGGCCCGAGCCAUGAGAGUGAGGACUUUCCGCGCCCAUUGGUGACUCUUCCAGGCAGACAGCCUCAGCAGCGCCCCUGGUGGACAGGAUGGUUCGGCAAAGCAGCCUGAGUUAUUUUUGUGGACGGAAUCGGAACACGCUGGCUCCAUAUCGUGAAAUUUUUAUUAAUUUUUAUCUUUUUCCUUUGUUAUUUCCUUAUCUUUUCCUUUCUUCAGACUCCGUCCAAGGAGAUGCUCUCCCCGGUCUUCUGCUGCAGAUAGAAUUCCUUUUCCUUGUCUCCAUUCCUCUUCUUCCCAAGGAGAGAGGAGCAAAUGGUUUAGGCACAGACUUUGACCACUAAUGUCAGGCUUGGGGUUGUGGGGGCGGGUCCUGUGUGUGGUUUAUCUUUGCCACCUUUUAAAAGUGUCUUGAGAAUUUUGACAUUGCUAGAUAGGGUUAAUCCGGCCCUGGGAUUCACAUCUUUCCUGCCUGCCCGCCAGCCUGGAGUCUUUUCCCAUGCUCCUGACCACCGAAGCUGCCUCCUCAGAUGCCAUUUGCUUCUCUUCUUCCUGGAAAGCUUCCUUUUAUGUUUUAUUUUGACCCCAGAUGUCCAGAUGUUUUGCAGUGUCUGGGGCUUGAGCCCCUUGUUCUUCGUUCUGCUUCUUUGCCCCCCUCCCCCCCUUCAUGGAGUGAUUAUGUUGACAAUAAUGUGUAAUGCGCGUUCUUUUCACUGGUUUAUCUACAGAAAUUUCUCUGGGCUUUUUUUCGGUGUUUGAGUCAACACUGCACUAAAGUGGGGGGAUGUUCCAUUGAAUAAAAGAGCAGUGUGGUUUUC